AUGACGAAUGGCCGGUGGAAAGGUGUGGAUGGCAUUCAGAGAGACCGCCCGGAGCCCAGCUCCCAGAAGCUGAGCUGUGGUUACACCUUGUGUCUGGUGCUGCUUUUCCUGGCAGUGUUACUGGCUGUGGCUGUGACCGGAGCUCUCCUCUUCCUCAACCAGUACCACCACACUGCGGAUACCCGCCCUCUCAUCAGCACCAACCAAGACAAGAUGCAGGCUCUGGUCACCAUCGACCAGGCCGACAGCUCCAGGAUCAACAUCUUCAUCGAUCCGAACUGCCCGGAUUACAAGGGGGACCUGGCCCAGCUGGAAGCUCUGCACUCAUCCCUCUUCACAGCCGUACUCAGUCACCGGGAUGAGCUGAAAGCCUCAGAGGGGCAAGACAGGGCACUCCUGGUGACCGUGGCAGACCAAGUGUCCCGGCUCAUGACCCGCACGGCCCAGCUGAGGCAGGAUUGUGAGGGCCUGAGGCGGGGCCAGGCUGGAUUGAGCCAAGAGUUGAGUUUGCUUCAGUCUGAGCAAGGCAGGUUAAUCGAGCUGCUUUCACAGACACAGGUGAACCUGGCCAAGGUGGUGGGUUCAGUGGGUGACACACUCAACUCUCUCCAGCGAGGACAUCUGGGAGGAGCUGCCAGGUCCCAGGGCAAGGCUGACCUGAUGAGGGGGCCCAGCAGAGAGCACCCCCGGGUUUGCCCAAAUGCUCCCCGCCCUCGAGACUGUUAUGAUAUCUACAUGAGUGGCCACACACAGGAUGGAAUCUAUUCCAUUUUUCCAGCCCAUUAUCCAGCUGGAUUCCAGGUCUCCUGCGAUAUGACACUAGCUGGAGGAGGUUGGACUGUUUUUCAACGGCGAAAGGAUGGAUCAGUGAAUUUUUUCCAAGGUUGGGAUGCUUACAAGGAUGGCUUUGGGAAGAUUACAGGAGAGCAUUGGUUGGGUCUGAAGCGAAUUCACGCUCUCACCAUUCAGUCACACUAUGAGCUCCGGAUAGAGAUGGAAGACUUUGAAAAUGGCACCGCCUAUGCUCAGUAUGGGACGUUUGGGAUUGGACUGUUCUCCGUUGACCCAGAGAGAGAUGGCUACCCAUUAACCGUGGCGGGGUAUUCUGGAACUGCAGGGGACUCCCUCAUCAAACACAACGGUAUGAGAUUCACCACCAAGGACCACGACAAUGAUCACUCUGAGAAUAACUGUGCUACUUUUUACCAUGGUGCCUGGUGGUACCACAACUGCCACACCUCCAACCUCAACGGCCAAUAUCUGAAGGGCCAUCACAUCUCAUAUGCAGAUGGUAUCGAGUGGUCCUCCUGGACUGGAUGGCAAUACUCCCUCAAAUUCAUUGAGAUGAAGAUUAGGCCAAGGAACGGAGGCCAGUGACGAGAGAUUCAACUAUGAGACCUUUUAACCCUUAAUUGUUGCAAAUGAGUCCAUGAAACACUUUAACACAGCUCCAGCAAAAUAAUACACACACUCACUUACACACUCAGUUCUACACCUUUAUAAACUCUCAC